CCAUGCGUGCUGUGCUCCCAGUUUGGGAUUCCUUUUUGCAAAGCCUCUAUAGAGAGAGUUAUAUACAGUGUAUAUACGUAAGAUGUUGCUUCCUCUGUUACAGAGAACGCUACCCAGGGUGGGGCUGCGAUGGCAGCACCGAGCCACUGCAGAGGUGGCCAACGAACCCAUUUUGGCAUUCAAGUCCGGCAGCCCCGAACGAGCGGCCCUGCAGAAGGCUCUAAAUGAUUUGAAAGGCAAGACCGAAUCCAUCCCGUGUGUCGUUGGAGGAGAGGAGGUGUGGACGUCCGAUGUGAGGUAUCAAGUCUCGCCUUUCAACCAUUCCCACAAAGUGGCCAAAUACUGCUACGCAGAUAAGGACUUGCUGAACAAGGCCAUCAACGCCGCUGUGGCCGCCCGAAGGGAAUGGGACCUACGGCCUGUCCAGGACCGUGCGGAGAUAUUUUUCAAAGCGGCCGACCUGCUGAGCGGUCCCAGGAGGGCGGAAAUCUUGGCCAAGACCAUGGUGGGACAGGCAAAGACCGUCAUCCAGGCGGAGAUUGACGCAGCCGCGGAGCUCAUUGACUUCUUUCGGUUCAAUGCCAAAUAUGCCGUGGAGCUGGAGGAGCAGCAGCCGCUCAGCAUUCCCCCCAGUACCAACAGCAUGAUCUAUCGGGGGCUGGAGGGUUUCAUUGCCGCUGUCUCCCCCUUCAACUUCACUGCCAUCGGAGGGAACCUGGCAGGAGCUCCAGCUUUGAUGGGGAACGUGGUCCUCUGGAAACCUAGCGACACAGCAAUGCUGUCCAGCUAUGCCGUCUACAAGAUCCUUUUGGAAGCGGGGCUCCCGCCCAACGUCAUCCAGUUCGUCCCGGCCGACGGCCCCGUUUUUGGCGAUGCAGUGACCGCCUCGGAGCACUUUUGUGGGCUCAACUUCACCGGCAGCGUACCAACCUUCAAGCGCCUCUGGAAGCAGGUCUCCGAGAACCUGGAUCGGUACCGCACCUUCCCACGGCUUGCUGGGGAGUGCGGCGGCAAGAACUUCCACUUUGUCCACGCCUCGGCGGACGUGCCCAGCGUGGUGAGCGGGACCCUGCGCUCGGCCUUCGAGUACGGCGGGCAGAAGUGCUCGGCCUGCUCCCGCCUCUACGCCCCCGACUCUCUGUGGCCCCGCAUCAAAGCCGCGCUCCUGGAAGAGCACCGGAAGAUCAAAGUGGGCGAUCCGACAGAUUUCGAGACGUUCUUCUCUGCUGUCAUCGACCACAAGUCUUUUGAGCGCAACAAGAAGUGGCUCAGCCAUGCUGAGGCAUCGUCGAACCUCAGCAUCCUGGCUGGGGGCGGGUGCGACGAUAAGGUUGGGUAUUUCAUCCAGCCGUGUAUUAUUGAGACGAAGGACCCGAAAGACCCCAUCAUGCAAGAGGAAAUUUUCGGGCCCAUCCUGACGGUGUAUGUUUACCCGGAGAGUCGGUACAAAGACGUCCUGCAACUGAUUGACAACACUUCUCCAUAUGGCCUCACGGGGGCAGUGUUUGCCCAAGAUAAAGCCGUCAUUGACGAAGCGGCAAAGGUCCUGAGGAACGCAGCUGGCAACUUCUACAUCAACGACAAGUCAACCGGCUCCGUCGUGGCACAGCAGCCGUUUGGUGGAUCCCGGGCCUCAGGAACGAACGACAAGCCCGGGAGCCCCCACUACAUCCUGCGCUGGACGUCCCCCCAAGCUGUCAAAGAAACCCACGCACCCCUGGGGGACUGGAAGUAUCCGUACAUGCAGUGAUGCAGCUCUCGACGGUGCCUUUAUCUUGGAGCCGCAGUUGGGUUACCGACCCACCACAUUGUGGAUCUGUUAAAGUAGUGGCAAUCUCUCAUAAUGCACCAGUCUAUUUAGGAACUGAUGCCUCCCCAGAACCCUUGGGGAACCUUAUUUCCUGUUUUGGAGGAAACAUUGAGGCUCAGUGCAAUGUUAGCCUUUGAAAUAAUCUUUAAUUAUUAACAUUAUUUUAAUAUUUACAAAGCUCUCUAAUUCUAACACCUUUUAAACCUUGGUACGAUUCCAGAUAUGCUGAGCUCAGCCCUCUUGAGCCGAGUCUCUAGAAAGUUUGCAUAAUUCUAUUUUUCCACCUUAAACUGUGCCCUGCUCUCACCUGGGCAGAGGAAUACGGUUUCUCUGCCGAGAGCAACUUCAUUAAAACGUUGGUUCAUAGGGGCAUUCACUUGUCUGAGCUGGUUGAAAAAAGAGGGUUGGAUUUCCCAAAAGACCUCCGGGUUUCAGAAUGAGCAUGGAUCGUAUCAGCAACGAGCAUUGCAAGCUCGCUGACGUGUGUGACCUGUUCCUUCCAACCCUUGUGGUUUUUGGGUUUUUUUUUGGAUAGAAUCUCCAAAACCUAAGUUCCCAUUGGCCAAUAUUAUUUGGACGACAAUGCCUCUUUCUUUAUAAACCUCACCUGCUGUGGAUUUGAUCACUCAAGUGGGGCUAGGCAAAGAGGGUGUGUGUGUGUUGUUUUUUUAAAGGAUGCCUAUUUUUGCAGCCCAUAUAUUUUAAUCCAGAUUCCGGCAUCAACUUUCCAAAUAAAAUAAAAUCAGGUCAAAAGAAGGAUACUUUGGAGGGGAAAGUUAAAAUGGAAUGAUUGGUUUGUGGGCGGCUAACAUGCAAUAUGUUCAACAGCUCGACGCGGCUGUUAAAUUCAGUGUUAAUAAUAAUGCAAUAGGGUGUAUAUUUUUAUGUGCCUUUGGAACAAAGAGAGCUUAGUAAAUCUGAUAAUAGUU